AUGUCUGCUAGAAGAGUUGAUGUCAAACUGAAUUCUACUGCAAUGUUGCUCAAUCCCUUGCAGCCACCCAUUUUCUUUCUGGAGGUUCGUUUCCAUUUCAAUUACAGAAAAUUACUCAGAAACCUUGAAGGAGACUUGAUCGAGAUUGAAGCCUACCCAGUUGCUCCAACCUCCUCUUUCUUCUUCAAGAUUCAUUCUCAUGAUGACUUAUUUUCUCAGCAACCAUGCAAACGCCAUCUUGAUUAUUUGUUCUCUUCCUUCAAUCUUGACGACGCUCUACGCGAUUUCUUAGCUUAUCGCAUUGCUUGCUUCCUCGUUUUCAUAGCCAAUAAGCAACCUUUCUUGGGGUGCCAUGUAGUGGCAGACACGGAUAUUACCGAUGAGCACUUGAUUGUCGGAGAUCCCAUUGAUCUGACAAUGAUUAUAGACGAAGUGCCCCAAGAAGUGGUUCCCGGAGGUGCAUCGAGUUCCACGCUAAACAAGUUGAAGAAGCGGAGGUUUUUUGCUAAGAAGGGCCGUGAUGGCGACGGAUUAUCGGACAAUUGUGCGAUUUGUUUAGAGGGAUUAUCCAGUGGCCGAGACGCACUCAUAAAGAUGACAUGCGAUCAUUUGUUCGUCGUUCCCAUUUAA